AUGUCACUAAGUUUAUAGGUAAUUUCAUUAUUUUAUAUACCUUUAUCGGAAAUUGAAAAUAAAAAUAAUAAUAAUAUUCAAAGAAAAAAUACAAUUGCCCCUUUGGAUGAAGCAAAUGACAGAAUUCCUAAUUCAAAUAAUAAUAUAAGAAUUACAUGGGAAAAUAAUCAAUACAAUGAUUUGUCAAAAGAAUUUAAUAGAAAAGGGAUUUUUGCUGUAAAAAAAUCAUUAAAAGAAUGUCCAUCAAACGAAGAUCUUAUAAAUAUAUGGAAUGACACAAUUGGUGUUGCGAAAGAAGGUUUUGAUAAUAUACUGAAAGAGUUGAAGGCAACAAUACAAAAAUAUUUAGAUAAUGAUGUUUAUGUACGUAUUGAUGAAAGGACCCGUCCUUAUUUGUUAUAUGACCUUAUAUGGAAAGAAACCUGUUCUGGAUUUUCUAAAACUAUAGAAUUAGAACAGUUAGAAUACACUAAUGAUUUUUAUAGGUUAAAUGAACAUACACUUGAUGAUAUAUUACAAUUUAUUUAUGCAUUCUUAGAACAUUUUAGGACAUUAAAAAAGGAAUUAUAUGAAAAAUACAAAAAGGUUCUCCUUGAAAAAAUUAAGAAACAUUCUGAUGGUGACUACUUAAUAUAA